GAAAAAUCUCUGCGCACUUGGAGCCAGGUCUUUUCUUUCUUUCUUUUCCAAUUUUACCAUUUUACACAAGAAAAAGAACUGGAGUUGGCAAAAAGUGGCAUAAAACACGGAAAUAUUAGACCAGUCCAAAAAAAAAACAGAACCGAGCGGGCCAAGAUGACCGCCACCGACCUGGACGCCGAAAACAUGGCCUCCUGGGUCACCAACGCCCAGUUCUGGGACGACUCCAUCGGCGCCGGGGGCAACGUCUACUGGCGCAAACUGCAGGAGCCGUCGCUGCGGCGGCUGGUCUCGGCCAAGAUCGAGGCGGCCAAGGCGUCGGCGGCCGGCGGCCGCGCGCUCGACAUCAGCACCGGCAACGGGCUGUGCGCGCGCUGGCUGGUCGACGAGGGCAUCCCGUCGGUGCGGGCCGUCGACGGCAGCUCGGGCAUGAUCGAGGUCGCCAAGGCCAGGAUGGCUGAGGCUAAGCCCCGGUACGACGGCAUCCAGAUUGGGCUGCUCGACGUCACUGACCGUGCUGCCUUUGCGCGCGAGAUUGAGACGGCCGCAGAGUUCGGCGGCUACGACGUGAUCUUGAUGAACAUGGCCAUUCAGGACGUGCCGACUCUUGAACCGCUCGUCGAGGCGCUGCCGAAGCUGCUCAAAAAGGACGGAAUAUUCUUCGGCACGCUCCUCCACCCCGUGUUUCUGACCUCGGGCGCGGCCCGAGACAUCAAGCUGACGUGGGUUGACGGUGAGCUGGUCGUCGAGCGGGCGCGCAUCGUCAAGGACUACAUGUCCAUCCCGCCCUACAGGGGGCUCGCAAUACCCGGUCAGCCGGCUAAGCAGGUUUACUAUCACCGCAAUUUCCAAGACUUGUUUGCUCCGUUCUUCCAAGCCGGUCUCGUUUUGGACAAAUUGGAGGAACUGGCAUUUUCCGAAGGAGAUGGCGAGCCCGACAAGAUUGAGUCAACCCUCAACUUCACGCAGAUACCCGUCAUGAUGUCGUUCCGGGUGCGGCGGGGAGAUUAAAUAUGUAGGGCUCAUUCCCAAGUCACACGGGUGUCCUGAACACAGAUUGGUAGGAACCUCAUGCAUUGCUCGAUAUAACUAUGCGAGCUGCACUUACUAGAAUGGAUAUCAUAUCUACUACCCCUAGAACUAGAGACAACACUCAAAAGUUUCCCAUAUCCUUCCCAUUCCACUCAGUAAUAACACCUGAAAGACUGUUUGUAUCAGAAAUAUUGGCC